CACACAUAUUUACAUACAUAAAAACAUAAACAAUUUAAAUCAAAAACAACGGUGCCUAUUGCCAGUGCAAUAAUCAACCACCAACCAGCAGCAACAACAACAACAAUAACUAAAGUGCAUCCCACACCAAAAGCAAGCAACAAUAACAAUAAGAAGAAGAAGCAGCAUAAGUCGAAAAGAAGCAACAACAAACCUACCAAAAAUUCAACUGUAAACGUGUCGACCCAAAUCUAAAAGACUCCCUCUCUCUCUCGUUCGGUUGGCCGUCUGUUCUCUCUCUUCGUGUGCGUUGUUUGUGUGAAUGCGAGUACGUGUGUGUGCGUGCGUGUGUGUGUGUGCGUGUGUGUGAGUGUGUGUGUGUUUGCGUGAGUGAGUGUAUCUGCAAGUGUGUCUGUGCGUGCGUGAGAGUGUGUGUGUGUGUGUGUGUGUGUGUGUGUGUGUUGUGUGCUUGUGAGAGAGUGGGCGGCUGUGUGAGACGCGGCUAUGUCAUCGGGCGCCAUAAAAACGCUACUGGAUGCUGCUCAUUUCAUUGAGCAGCAGGAAAAGGAAGAGCUGGCGGUCAGCGGAGGCGGUCUUCUCAAUAGUAUUGGUGAGCAGCAUUUCAUCGACAGCAAUGUCUUCGGCAGCGAAAGCAUGGUCCAUAACAACAACAACAGUGCAAGCCAACACAACAGAAACAACACGCCAACAGCAGCGGUAGCAGCGCUAACAGGAAUAACAACACCCGCCAUCGUAAACAGCCAUAAUGGCCUGACUAACGGUAUCGCUGCGGUGGAGUAUGAGUACGACGUUAACGUUGGUAGCGCCGCCACCACAGUGGUUGUUGCUGGCAGCCCUAGGCAAUUGGAGGCGUCGCCAGCGACGAUAACGGGACGCAGCAGCGAAAGUCACAUCAUUUCGGAGGAUGAAAAUUCCUCCUCCAAAACCAACUCCUACCCCCAACAACAACAAGUAGCAACAGGCAGAGCAGCAGCAGCAGCAGCAGCCGCAGCCGCCGCCGCAGCAGCAGCGACAACAACAACAACUGCAACAAAAUCAACCAACUCUGGCCGGUUCGAUGGGUCCACGUUUGUGGUGCUGGCAUCGGGCUCAUCGCCGCUGCAGGUCCAGGUGCCGGCUGUGGUUAGCAGUCCUCGGACCACGCCCCCGCUGAAGCACAAGCUCUCAGCGGUCGCUGGCUCCCAGUUACCGUGCAAGUAUUUGGUGUUGGCUGACGCCAAGGGCGCCAGCUCAACGCAAACGCCAAUAGCCGGCGCUGGAACUGCAAACGGAACUGGAACCGGAACCGGAACCGGAACUGGUACCGCAGCCGCAGCCGCAGCUGGAGGAGCAACAGCAGUUGGAACAGUUGGCUCUGCAGCCAGCUUAACCUUGGCCAAUUUCCAGCCGCUGACAUGCCAGACGCCCAAAUCGCAAAUAACGCUUACCCCGCCCCCGACGGCCACACGCCGAUUGAUUGAGCCGCAGGCCCGAAACCGCUCCUACUCAAUGCCCUCCCAUAAAAUUUCAGCGCAACCCCACGGGCUGGAGGAUGCGUCCCACAGCUAUCUGCUCGCCGGCAGGGCCUCGACCGGCACAGCCACUUCGUACCGCAGCAUCUUCAACACGCAGCAGCAGCCGCACCACCACCACCACCACAGCCAGCAUCAGGCCGCAUCCACAUCCGUCUCCAGCUCGGCGCCAGUGGCGGGAUCUCAGCUGGCCGGACACGGCGGCCGCAGACGCACCAUCAGUUCCAACAGCAACGGGGCGGGCACGCGCGAGGUGCACAACAAGCUGGAAAAGAAUCGGCGCGCCCACCUGAAGGGCUGCUACGAGGUGCUGAAGAACGAGCUGCAGCUCAAGGAUGAGGAUCGCAAGAAGACAUCCAAUUUGGCAAUACUCGAUAAGGCGCACCAAACUGUCAUGGAACUGGCAAAGGCCCAUCGGGAGCAGGAGGUGGAGAUUGAGAAUUUGUCCAAACAGAAGAUUGAGCUGCAGAAGCGCCUGAGCAGCCUAAAACGCCCCGCGGAUCAGAGCAUUCCACUCAGCGACAAAGAUGCCAAUGAAGCCGUUUGCCUGGCAACCACCAGCAGCAGCACCAAUGCCAACGUCAGCACCAACACCACGUCAUCAGCAUCACCAUCAUCGUCGUCAUCAUCAUCAUUAUCAUCAUCAUCAGCAUCAUCAUCAAUAUCAACAUCAUCAGCGUCGAUAUCUCCAUUGUCAGUGGCCGGCGCAGCCCCGCCCAUUCUAUUUGAUGGCAUGGCGCCCGUCUCUGCCGCUGGUCUUAUAGCCACGACCAUAUCAUCUGUGAUAAGCAAGAGCAACGCGAACAGCGGCAAACACAAUAGCAACAACAGCAACAACAACACCAAUAGCAACAACAACAAUGUGACCUCUGCUGCCGUCAGCUUUGCACAGAAUGGGUAUACCGCCGCAACAGCCUAUGGAGCUGCCAUUGACUUGCUUAAGAACAGCAACAACAACAACAACAAUAACACUCAUAACAACAACAACAACAACAACAAUGGGAACAGCGUCAAGCAUUGCAAUAAUAUUCUCGGCUUUGCACAGGGCACAUUGCUACAUCAUAGCGCCGCCGUUGCCAUAAACCUGCUCAAGAAUGGCAACAACAACAGUGGCUCGCCCACAGCAUCGUCGCCGCCGCAGCAGCACAGCCCAGCAGGCAGCCCCACUGUGGGCGGCACAACGCUGACGACCCGUGGCUCACCAACGCCAUCGACGCCGUCGCCGUCGCCGAGCUCCUCGUCGAGCGGCGUCUCGUCGUCGUCCUCGUUCAAUGGCUCCUCAUCGUCGUCCUCGUCGUCGUCCUCAUCAUCAUCGUCGUCCAGCUCAUCAGUGUCGUCCGCCUCGUCGGCCAGCUCCUCGCCGCCGGCGCAGCUGCAGCAGACGACGACGGCGCAUCUGAUGAGCGGCACGCGCGGCGCCAGCAUCAAGUUCCAUGGCGGGGCCAGCGGUGGCGCCACCAUUGUAACGGCAACGGCGCCCAAUGCGGCCGCAGCAAAUGGGCACGGGGCGGGCUUUCAUCAGACGGACAAGGAUCGCAGCUACAGUUUCUUGAUACGCAGCGGCACAGCGGCGCAGUAGGAGGCAACAGAAUCAGCAACAACAACAACAACAACAACAACAAUAAUAAUAAUAAUAAUAAUAAACG